GCGGAGACAGUGGAUGUGAGGAGAGGAGCAUUGUUGUCCUGAUCUAGACAGUUGUGGACUGGCCGCAGCGAUGGCGGCGGCUGCGGCUGCUCUUCGUUCUUCUUCCUCGGUUGUAGCUAUGGCGUCUUCUUCCUCUUCCGCGCUCACGUGCGUUAAUGGCCAACGCUGGAUCUCCGAGCCCGCGGAAGGUACCGCGCCGGUAAUCAGAGGAUCAGCGCGGCAAUGGCUGCAUCUUCGAGUCGGUAGGAGGGUCCAGGCCGUCGGCUGCAAUUACGCCUCCCUGUCGGGAUCGGAAUCGUCGAGAUGGCCGGUGACACGUGUCUUGUCCUCAGCUUCGCCCUCCUCGUCGUCAUCGUUGAGAUCGGUGUCUUCCUUGACAUUGCCCCGACCAACUCUUGGGAGCAAGAGGAAAGUGAUUUUGUCGUUCACUCAUCCGACGAGACCGGGCGGGGAAGAAGCCGAUCAAGCGCGGUGUUACUGCAGUGGGAUCGCACGGCGCGCAGUAGUGAGGCGCUCGUCCGCGCGCUCUUCCGCCGCCGCCGCCGCCGCCGCUGGAUCGGAAGGUGGAAGUGGCGGGGCUUACGUGUCGCACUCGCAGCAGCGCGCCAAUGUGGGCGUGGAUAACGGCGAUGGAGAGACAAGGGCGGGGGAGGAGGAGGCGGGGGAGGAGGGAGUAGAGGAGGGCCCUGCGGAUCGACAGGAUGGAAAGCGGCUAACUAGUGGCCGCUCUCAGAAUGGAUCUCAACCGCUUGGUUGGGAUACCGAUGUGGACGCGAAGGAUGAGUUCAAAGGAUGGCUAGAUGCAAAUGAGAAAGGCGCGCGCAGGAGGAUCACUGCAAAAGGGAUUGUUCUGUUUACAGGCUCUGUACUUUUGGCAGCAGGUGUUGCUCUGGCCUCUUAUACCAUGUACAGGAGAGGCACAUACUUCACAUUCGGGAGAGGUGCAAGAAUGCCUACGCCUACUGUGACGGCCGUCGAUCCGCAGGUCCAUCCUGGUCGUCCUGUGGUCGAGGUAGCGCCUGCAACGUCUGUCAGUCCGGCCAUGGACACAACGCGGGGCGCGCUGGGCACAGAGGGUGAUAUCGCUGCCGGACAAGCUAUGGUGCCUCCUAGCAGUGCUCAGAGCGACAUGGCUGAUCAGAACGCUUUGGAGUUGCCUCGUGGAGGAGCGGAGGGUCAACAGGGUGCGAUUGGUGAUGAUGCUCUAGGCAAGUCGGGAGAAAGCGCGGGAGAAACUACUAUUGAACGGGAGGAAAGCGGAGGCGAACCUGUCGUGGGAGAUCAACGAGGAGCUGAUAAGCCAUCCUUAGCUGUCGCAAGCAACCCUGCGGACUCGCUGGACGGCGUCUCGGACAGCGCUGUCAAUGGCGCCCCAGUGGAAACCCAAUUGGACGAACAGGAUGGACAAAUAGAUGGUGUGCUCCCGUCAGAUAUGUCAAAGUCGUCAUCAGAGUUGUCUGGGCCCAUGGGUGGUCCCCACAGUUCUGCUGCUUUGCCGGCUGGUGCUGCCGACGAAUCGGAUAGUGAACACAGUGUUGUCGAUCGUGCAGGUUCAGCUGGGAAUACUUGGUUCUCCGUGCCGUCUGCUGGCAUUGCCACGCCUGCCACAUCUACCACCUCUCUCUCAGUUCCACUUCCAGUUCCAGCACCAGAGGCUGCUUCCCUGGCUGAGUUGUCCCCUUCGGUCCCGGCCCCUGAGCCUGCUGUUCCUCCAAGGGUGGUAGUACCUGCCAUUGUGGACCCGAUUCAAGGGCAAGCAUUUGAGGCUCUUCAAGUGUUGAAGGUCAGCGAAAAUGCGCAACCAGAGUUUCGAGUACUGCCCGCCAUGUUCAUCGAAGGGAUGUCGAGCUUGGCUUUUGAUGAUGUGCUCCCAGAGGACCCAGAUUUCCCCUAUAUUCAAGGACUUGCGGAUGCUGGGAUCAUUUCAAGCAAGCUUUCUAGAGAAGAUCUGGGAUGCGAUCGGGAGUCUCAGCAGCUAGGGUGUGGUUCCGGUGGUUCCGACUUCCAUCCGGAUGGUCCCCUCACGAGAGAGGACCUCAUUAAUUGGAAGAUGGCUCUGGAGAACAGGAGUCUUCCUCUGCCUGACAAACAGGUGCUGCGGGAAAACUGGGGCUUCCUGGACUCUGCAAAAGUCAGCAAGGAUGCAUUGCCGGCAGUGGUAAAGGACUUGUCAUUGGGUCGUCAAAGCUCGAUCACCGCAGCAUUCGGCUACACUAAGCGGCUGGAGCCUCACAAGCCAGUGAUGAGAGCCCAGGCAGCGGCUGCGUUAGCAACGGGAGAAUUGGCGGAGGUGGUCGCGGAGGAAAUGGCUCGUCUGGAGGCGGACAAAGUCGCAGCGGCUGCAAUUCAGGCUGCAGCUGUGGUAGAUGCGCUUGCCGAGAGUGAAGCGGCACGGAAGUUUGCACAGGAUCUAGAAGUAGAGCGUCGUGCUCGCGAGGAAUUGAAGUUGAGUGUGACAGCAGCGCAGGAAGAUGCGGAAAGAGUCAAAAGGGAGUUGGAGGAGGAAAAGCAGAGGGUGGAGGAGGAAAGGCUAGCUGUUCUUGCGGAGAAGCAAAACAUAGAGUCUGUGAAGGAAGAGGCUCUCCGAGCGAAGGAGGAAGCGGAGGGACACCUCAGCGAUGUACUGUCAAGCAAGAAGGAGGUGGAGUCGGAGAAGAGUUGGUUGCAAAGAGAGGUGGAGAGGGCGGGAGCAGAGAGAGAGGUGUUUGAGAAGGCGAGGGUGGAGGCGGACGAGGAGAGACAAGCGGCUGUGGCGGCGAGGAAGGCGGCCGAAGCAGAGAAACGAUCACUGGCUGCGGCAAGAUCAGUGGCCGAGAACGAAGCGAGGAAGGCGAAGGAGGCAGCGCGCAAGCUUGAGGCCUUGAAGAGGAGAUUACAGGAGCAAGGGCGCACUGUCGUUGUCGACAAGGCAGAGGUUGUGGAGGUCCCGAUUGUCACCCAGCGAAAUCUAGACAUCGGAUUGGACCUCAAGGAAAAUGAAACAGAGAGUGAAGCGGCGAGCUUGGGACCGGAACAGAUCAAGAGAAAACUCAGCGGAGCUCUCGAGCGGCUGGACGACAAAAGGUCCGAGCUGGUGGACACCGUUAAGCAGCGUGUAGGGAAUGCUGCCAAGGCCACAGGCCAGCGGGUAAGCGACGCUCGAAAGGCUGCUGGCGAGGCAGUGCGUGGCACUGUGCAAUCCGUCGGAUCGGCGGUAUCUGAUGCUCAGCACAAGCUCGCGGACAAAACCAAGAGGAUUGCGGGUGAGUGGAAAGACGGAGCCAGCAAGUUGGCAGGUCGACUCAAGGGCGCCUAAACACGCAGAGUCAGUGUGCGAUGGCCACAACUGCAAGAAGCGUUGUGGACGAUGGACAGCUAUGAAGGUAGAGGAAGAAGGGAGGGUAAGUGGAGGGGAGGAUGGGGAAGGAGCUGGUGGGGGCUGGGGCGGUGAGAGAGAGAGAGAGAGAGAGAGAGAGAGAGAGAGAGAGAGAGAGAGAGAGAGAGAGAGAGAGAGAGAGAGAGAGAGUGGGUCUUUGUAAAUGGCCACUUUGAUGGCCAGGGACUGGUGAGAAGUCCCUUGGAUAUCUGAUUUGUGUUUUUUUCUGUUGUGUUUGUGAGGUCUGCAGUAGGCAUCUAUCGAUUCUCAAAAUUCUUGGGAGAAUCGAUGAAUAUGCCCGCCCAACGAGGUGAGGAUUCUUUUUUUGCACUUGUUCUUCACUUGAGCAACCUGGAAUUAGUGACCUUUUUUUUUUGUUUUUCCUGUUUUCCUUUGCACAAUGCACAUUCCUUGCGGGAGGUAAGGGCCGUCAAUUUUCUUCGUUCUGUGCUCAAGUGUGGAAGUCCUACGCUCGAUCGGAUUGGGAAUGUACGUAAUACCAUUCAACACUGGAUAUCAGGCAUCUUUGAUGGAGAGCAUCUCAUCUUGAGAAGUGAUCACUGCCAAGAGCCUACUCACACUAGGACCUUCCUUUAUGGAUCUGGCCGCAAUCACGACUGCCUACGAAUGUUUCUGACCGCAAUUACGGUCAGAGAGGAUUCUAAAAAGUUCUCUGGUGUGAACACGACCUCGUUUAUGAUGGAUUUUUUUUCGUUUUUCUUUUUCUGGAGGCGGGGAAUGUGAAAGGCAGGAUGGCAAUCCUAUUUGGAAUUGGGUCGGAAUCAUUGGAGUGUUUUAUCAGCUGGCAGGCUGGCGCAGAGUGGGGGCCUCGCUCCGCUACUCUCCACAUGCACAAAAGACUAAAAAAUAUCGCGGUGUAUCUUUCCAUGCUCUAGCGCAACAUUCAGUCUCAUUUUGCUCAUUCGGAGAGUAGUGGAGCGACGCCCAGUGUGUAGUCACUGGUCACCCAAGGAGCGUUUCGUGGAAUGCAUCUCGCUCCACUACUCUCCACAUGCACAAAAGACAAAACUAUUGUGGUGUAUCACUGUAUCUUUCCAUGUUCUAGUGCAACGUUCAGUCUCAUUUUGCUCAUUCGGAGAGUAGUGGAGCCAGGCCCGGUGUGUACUCACUGGUCACUCAAGAAGCGUUCCAUGGAAUGCAUCCCCGUUGCCUCGCUUGUUUCUGAAGCAAGGCCCAAAUGACAGCAUGACUUUACGGAUGCUUAUUCAAGCAGCUAUAAUUGUUCAUUUCAGCUGGUGGUUGUACUGUGUAUGUGGUCAGUAUGAUGGACUGCAGAGGGGUACACUGGCAUCAUAGGCAUCAGAGGCAGGAAGCGGUGCCGGUGCUGCUGUGUGCUUUAAUAUGAUUACUCUUGUUAACGACACAACGGGGUCAUCGUUUAGAUGCUGGUUUAAAACUGACACCAGGACUUUCCCGAUGUAAUAUGAGCGCUUUCACAGCCAGGUACGGAUGCACGUGACCAGAACGACGCCGACAUGCAUGCUGAAAAAGUUCUAGAGUAGGAUGCCCUUGGGAAGCAUUUGAAUUUUUUGGAAGAAUGGAGGGGAGGUUUGCAGUACGAUUCGUCUGCUGAAUCGCAGACGGAUUUUUCGUUGGACUGUUGUUUUCUGCUUUGUUUUGGAGUCAAAAAAACUUUUGUUGUUGUUUCAUUUGGACAAAAAAAACGACUCGCCUCAUCUGCAUGUGCGCUCAUUCGCCAUUAUUGGCUUCUGCUGUGGUUGCCAAACCUCCCGCAUGCAUGCAUGUACUUCUAAAUCGUGAUGUGAUUCUCUCGAAGUUACGUGUCAAACCACCAGUACAUGACCCCAGGCACAACUUGCAGAAUCG